AUGAAGGAUCUUCAUUCAACAGCUUUCCCUUCCCGUCACACCAGUCAAUGCGACUCCUGCGUUUUUCAGCACCAUUCUCUGCGCAGCCCAGACUUUAGCCAAGCCUUCAUUGGAGGCCAGAAAGGCUACCAGGCCUACCGGGACCUACCAUGGGAUCUUCAGAAAAUUCGUCAGUCACCUAUCAAAAUAAGGCAUCUUGAGCCCUGGAAAAUCGCUGUAAUCGUUAUUGGAGCAGCAGUGGCAGCAGCUAUCACCAUUGGUCUCCUAGUUUAUUUUCUGGCAUAUGAUCAGAAGCUGUUCUAUUACAGUGCCAAUGUAAAAAUCACCAACAUCCGGUACAAGAAUGAAUUUUCCAGACAAUCCUCAGGAAGGUUUAGAGACCUGAGCGAGAGGGUUGAGAGACUGAUCGACAAGACAUUUUACAAUUCCAUUUUAAGGAAAAAAUACAUCCGUUCACGCUUAAUCAGAGUGAGCCCAGAUACUGAUGGUGUGAUGGCAGAGGCUUUGCUCACAUUCUGGUUCUCCGCUACGGACUCUAGAGAAGCACUGCGGGAAAGAGUUGGGAAGAUCUUACGGAGGGGCCUGAAAAGAUACACAGGGCCUCUGAGGAUAAACGUCCGAUCUUCCUCCAUCUCAAAUGUGGAGCCAGUGAGAGCAGAAGCCAUCUUCAAUGACAUCUGUGGGUUACGGCAGAACAGAUCAGUCAAGUCCAUGGCAAAAUCCUCAUCGCUGCGGAUUGUUGGCGGAUUGUCCUCUGCAGAGACCGGGGACUGGCCGUGGCAGGCCAGUCUGCAGUACAACAACAUCCAUCGCUGUGGUGCGACGCUCAUCAGCAACACAUGGCUGGUGUCUGCAGCGCACUGCUUCAGAGACAUGACUCACCCUCAGAAGUGGACUGCUACUUUUGGAGCUCUUUUGAAGCCCCCAAGCUUGAAGCGAUCAGUCAAGACAAUUAUUAUCCAUGAGAAGUACCUGUACCCAGAGCACGACUAUGACAUUGCGCUAGUGCAGCUCUCCAAACGAGUGGAGUUCACAAGCAGCAUACACCGCGUCUGUCUGCCAGAGCCAUCUCAGACCUUUCCCUACAAUACUUAUGCUGUCAUCACAGGCUGGGGAGCUCUCACCAAUGAUGGUCCAGCCCCAAAUGCUCUUCAGGAGGCAACAGUGAAACUUAUUGACUCAGAUACUUGCAACAGAAAAGAAGUGUAUGAUGGGGACAUAACACCCAGGAUGUUGUGUGCGGGAUACUUGGAAGGAGGAGUAGAUGCUUGUCAGGGGGACUCUGGGGGACCACUGGUUACUCCAGACUCUAGACUGAUGUGGUACCUCGUGGGAAUAGUGAGCUGGGGAGAUGAAUGUGCCAAGCCAAAUAAACCUGGAGUUUACACACGAGUGACUUAUUUCCGUGACUGGAUUACCACAAAAACAGGCAUCUAA